AUGAGUGGGAAGAGGAUGAUGAGUAGUGGUGCCACAACCACAACCACAACCACAGCCACGCACACGCUUACGCUCCUGUUGAUGAUGAUGAUUUUUCAGUUUCAGUUGGGUCACGGCAUCUGGGUUCCAACUCCGACGACGUACACUGUGGGGGACAACAAAGGGUGGAGCACUGGUGUAACAAGCUGGACCGAUCGCAAGACUUUUUAUGUUGGUGACACCCUUGUUUUCAAUUACGAUAAGAGCUGGGACAGUGUAUACAUGGUGAGCGAAAACGAUUACUAUAACUGCAACUAUGAAAAUAAUGACAAAAAGUGGAAUAGUGGAAAUGAUCACAUAUUGCUCGGCAAGACGGGGAUGCAUUACUUUAUAAGCGGCUAUAAAGGUCACUGUGCAAAUAACAUGAAAAUUGCCGUCAACGUCCAUCGAAGUUAUUAG